AUGGAGACGUGUCCUCUAGCGCCAGCCAUCAGUCUCUUGCUUGCUGCGCGCAGGGUGCCCAUCUACCUGGUCGACGUGGCGGCGCCCAAACGAUACGGCAUUCAGGAUGGUGCCCUGUGUGAGACAAUCUGCAGCCUGAUCGUCGUCUCGCGCAAUAUCAGUCCAGUAGCACGUUCCGCGUUUGCCCUUGUUUGA